AUGGCGCUGCCGGCGGAUGACGUCGUGCAGCUCCCUCCCGGACAGCCUGGCCGCAUCGCAGGCCCCGAGGAGGGCGCGGCGGAACCCGCGGCGGCCGCCUCGGUGAGCCCGCCUCCGGGCGCGGGCGGGCAGCGCGGCGGGCAGCGCGGCGGGCAGCCCGAGGGGGGCGUCUGCGACGAGGCCGAGCUGCGGAGGCUGGCGCUCGAGGAGGCGAAGGGUGUGCUCCCGAACGAGAUCAGGAUGAUACUCUCGACCUCAGAGCAGACCAUGCUGGAAGUCAUGGAGAUGUGCCAGGAUGCGCCAGGCGAGCAGCUGGAAGAGCGGCUCGCCAACAGUCUCGUGGACUUGUUAUGGGCGCCUCUAGCUGGUUGUGUUCCACAACUUCCGGGGCUUGCAGAGGCGGACGUCCGCAUGAAGGUGGCGCUGUUCUGGCGCUGCGCGGCAGCGCUCUGCGCGAUGCCGUUGGCGCAGCUCGCGGCGAUGACGCGGCGGAAGAGGCCGUUCCUCAGAGACCUGGACCCGCACGUGCCGCCGGCGAGUUCCGCGCCCGCGCGGGAACGCCUGGCACAUGUGCGCCUGAAUCUUCCCAUCUUCGCCAUGGUUGCGAAGAUGCCCUCCGAGCUGGGCAAGGCAGCAGAGGAGCAGCCGAAGGCCGACACGCUGGCGGGAGCGAGCGCGGCUCCUGCUACGACGUCCACCGAGGACGGCGUGCUGUUGGAGGAGCUGCCCCGGGAGCGGCCGGCGCCGCGGGCCGCGCCCGCCGACGCCGCGGCGGACAAGUCCAAGACGGCCGCGAGGCACACGUACGACGUCGGGUACAAGAAAUGGGAUAAAUUCGAUGUGGACGAGGCGCUGCGCGAGGCGGACGACCCCCCGUCGGACGCCCCGCGGGUGCAGGUGCGCUUCCCUGGCGAGGCGGGCGCUGACGCCGCGCCCCCGCGCACGUCGGACGACCCAGUGGAGAUGCUCGAGGGCGCCAUGCAGGCGGACGAGCUGAAGAUCUACAAGUCAAAGGCCCAGUCGAAGCUCCAGAAGUUCGCCAACCUCCUCGUCGCGGUCCGUGACGCAGGGAAGGAGGAUCCAGCCCUGGAGUUCGACAUAGGGGUGCUCAAGUACAUGAUGAGUGCCUGCAAGGGCUCAGAGAAGCAGUUGCAUGAGUUGAAGGCCCAGCUCAUCAGCGCAAAAGAGAGGCUCGGCAAUAUACGAGCUAAGGUCGAGGAGCUGCUAGACGAGGAGGCGACGCUCUGCCUGAUGGUGCAGAAGCUACAGAACUCCAUCCAGCAGCUACGAGAAGCGGAGGCUACAGAGCCCGACGGCCCGCGCGCCGCCUGGCACAGUGGCCUGCGGACUGAAGGGCAAGAGGGCCGAACGGCGGCGGCCAUCACUGCGAUGACGGAGCAGAUGAGAGCCGUGCAGGCCCAGCAGCAAGCCAUCCAGGAGCACCUCUCGAGGAUGCAGACGGGCCAGAACUUCCACGCCUUCGCCCUGGCCAGGGUAUUGGGAGUCGGCAUCGGUGCAGCAGCAGGUGAUGUGCUCAUGGAUGCGCAGACGAUUCAGAAGGCACAGCGGGCGGUGAUCUCGGGACUCUCGAUCCCCAGUGCGAGCCCCCCUGAUCUUCAGGGGUUGGCGCCAGAGCGCACGCAGAGGGACGUCGCCUCCACGGCGCCAGGUUAUGGCGCAGCCCCCCCUGGUGCAGCGCCAGCCACGGGGCCGAGGGCGCCUACGCAGCGCAGAGCGAGCUCGCUAGAGCCUCCCGUGGCAAAGACCCCGCCGCCGAAGAGACAGUCGGCAUCGCCGAAGCCAGCCAGGGCCCCCUGCAUGGGCGUCUCAGCCGAGACCAGGGCCCAGGCCGAGGAGAAGGCAGUUCCAGACACACCGAGGGUGAAAGGCGUGUCCAGGGUGACAGCAGAGCUGCAAAGGAACGAGCCCAAGGAGGAGGUCUUGCCGAUAGAUCCAGAGCUACUGAUCGCGACGCAGCCAAUGGUGAUGGAGGAAAUGAUACCAGGGCCAGUGCACAUCUUGCAGCACAUCCAGGGGGCCUCCAUCGACCUGAUCAGUCAGACGCAGCGCUCCCCCACACCACCGCCGGCGCAGAGGAACAUCUUUUCUUGCCUCGUCCUCGCGAAUUACAGCAUGCUGCGCAUGAGGUGCGAGGACACGAGGCACCUGGUGGUUGGCUGUUGCGCCCCACUCUUUAGGAAGGUCAUCCUGGUUGCCCAUGCGCUGCACAGCGGAGACGAGUAUACCUCGCAGCAGAGGAAAGAGUGGUGGCGGGACCUCAUAGGGAUCUGCCAUACAUGGAAAGUGCAGUUGGCCUUCCUGGACGCGAAUGCCAGGCUUGGCAGCAUUGUGUCUGAGGCAGUGGGAAGCGAAGGAUUCAGGCAAGACGAGGACGAAUCGGGCGGGCUGUUUCACGACAUGCUCUUGGAGACGGGCUUGGUCGCGGCCAACACGUUAGUCCCCUCUCUCAGCCAGGAUCAUUAUCCUGUCUUCAUGCGCUUCGAGUCCCAGGGCUCCACCAAAGCAGCGCAACAACAGAGCGGCUACGACGCUAGGGGCACCCAGGGCCCUGACAAGGCAGCAGCCUUCAGGAUGCACCUGGCAGCGUUUCCCACGGUGCCUCACCAGGCUUUCGCUGAGUGGGAUAAACAGAUCCUGGCGGCAAGCGAGCUAGCCGCACACAUGCUUGAGUUUCUGGUCAAGUCGAAGCCGGCCCUGAGAAGGGCCUUGAAGCUCUCGCGCAACAAGCUGCUAGACGACCUCGCGCAGCAGUUGUGCAACGCUAGGAGUACACUUCUAAAGGCAACGAUGAACAUGCUGUCGGUGGUCCAGCAGGGAGCUCUCCCUCAGCGCGGCACUGACAUUGCAUCCUUGCGUCUUCGGUCGGCCAUGAUGGCUGCCGAGGCUAGGGAGCGCACAUACCUGUCGUUGUACACCGAUCUAAAGGCGGCGUUCUAUUCGGUCAUCCGAGGGCUCGUUGCCAGAAUGGCCCAGAACAGUGAGGACAUCCAGAACACGCUGGCGGGCUUAGAGAUACCUAGUUGUCUGGAGCCUCUGUGCCAUGCCCUAGUCGCCAAGCCUGGAGCCCUGGACGGACUGGGAAGUAAGCACCUUCUGGAAGCAGUGGUUGACGUGAUGUAA